GUAGCGCAAGACACCUGGAGCAGAAGUCUUCUGCUCCAAAGGAGGGACACUCCGAAAAGACUUCAAAACCAGGUAGAACCGUAGAACUGCCAAACACAUUCCCCUCUCUUCUCGCAGGCCUUGCCACCCAUUCUCUCUCUCUCUCUCUCUCUCUCUCUCUCUCUCUCUCUCUCUAGGGUUUGAGUUCUCUGCAAUUCGUCGGUUGCUUGGCCCUCGCGCUUGAUUGAUUGUUCAGGGAGGGAGGCCUUUGGUGGAUCUCCUAACAGGUGGAUCGAAUUAGGGUUGUUUAAUUGUUCUAGGGAUGGGUAGCCCUAAGAAGAAUGAAAGUAAGGGUUUCUUCGCUGCCAUGACUUCUGGCUUGUCCAUGUUUGGUAGCGCUAUGCACAGAUCUGUCAACGGGUUGCUUGGUUAUGAGGGGGUUGAGGUUAUAAAUCCAGAGGGAGGCAAAGAAGAUGCUGAGGAGGAGGCCCAAAGAGGGAGAUGGAAGAAAGAGGAACGAGAUAGUUAUUGGAAGAUGAUGCACAAGUAUAUAGGUUCAGAUGUUACAUCAAUGGUGACACUUCCAGUACUUAUUUUUGAGCCGAUGACAAUGCUUCAGAAAAUGGCAGAGUUAAUGGAGUACUCCCACCUUUUAGAUCGAGCAGAUGAAUGUGAGGAUCCAUACAUGCGGUUGGUGUAUGCUUCAUCUUGGGCCAUAUCUGUGUAUUAUGCUUACCAGCGAACUUGGAAGCCUUUUAAUCCAAUUCUUGGUGAGACUUAUGAAAUGGCUAAUCAUGGUGGGAUUACAUUUAUUUCAGAGCAGGUGAGUCAUCAUCCCCCAAUGAGUGCUGGGCAUGCUGAAAAUGAGCAUUUUACAUAUGAUGUGACAUCAAAGUUAAAAACCAAAUUUUUAGGAAACUCCGUUGAUGUCUACCCUGUUGGAAGAACGCGGGUGACUCUUAAAAGAGAUGGUGUAGUCAUAGAUUUGGUGCCUCCUCCCACAGUGGUAAACAAUCUGAUUUUUGGACGGACUUGGGUUGAUUCUCCAGGGGAGAUGAUCAUGAUAAAUUUGACAACUGGAGACAAAGUCGUGCUAUACUUUCAACCAUGUGGCUGGUUUGGGGCUGGUCGCUAUGAAGUCGAUGGAUAUGUAUAUAAUGCUAAUGAGGAACCUAAAAUAUUGAUGACAGGGAAAUGGAAUGAGUUUAUGAGUUAUCAACCUUGCGAUUUGGAAGGGGAACCUCUUCCAGGCACAGAACUGAAAGAGGCUUGGCAUGUUGCUGAUACUCCAGAGAAUGACAAAUUUCAGUACACAUAUUUUGCACAUAAAAUAAACAGCUUUGACACUGCCCCUAAGAAAUUGUUGGCAUCAGAUUCUCGUUUGCGUCCUGAUAGAUAUGCACUUGAGAAGGGUGAUUUAUCAAAAGCUGGUGCUGAAAAGAGCAGUCUGGAAGAAAGGCAGCGAACUGAGAAGAGAAACCGGGAGGCCAAGGGGCAUCAGUUUACACCAAGAUGGUUUGACUUGACGGAUGAGGUUACAACUACACCUUGGGGUGACUUGGAAAUCUAUCAAUUCAAUGGUAAAUACAUUGAACACCGAGCAGCUGUUGAUGGAUCGGAUUUUGUUAAUGAAGAUGAUGUUAGAUCAACGGAGUUCAAUCCGUGGCAGUAUGGUAAUCUGAGUCUGGAAUGAGGUCUCAGUUUUCAUCACAUUUGCCUGCCUCGUGUGAUUGCUUUCACCUCUUUUCCUUGGGAAGAAUUUUAGCAGAGUUGAAGGCCCCUUUUUUCGACUUUCUUUUUUUAAAAUGCCUGAUCGAAGGACAUCAGUAUGAUGAAGGAGCAGCUGCUUUCUGUGGAUACAGGGGUGAGUAUCCACAUGGCGCGUCCAUUGCCAACUGGGAUCUUUAUGUGGAGGAGAGAGGAAGCAGGAAGGGGGGGUGUUGGAGUUCAAUUUGUGGGCAUGAAUCCACCUCCUUUUUUUUUUUUUUUCUCUUCAAGUCCAUUGGGGCAACUGGCCCUAUGAUUUUCCUUCCUGAAUGACUAUCAUGAUUUGAUGGAAAAUAGGGCAGCGGCUUUGGAAAUGUACGGGGUGUAGUCUGUUCUCUUUCCAGCUUUGAGGAAAUUAGGCUAGCUGUGCUGUCAGCGACUGGAGUUGUGGGUGAUAUUAGUUUUAUUUGUAGCCUUGAAACAACAUCAUAUACUAUUCUUUCUAUUUUUUUUUUCCCCUUCUAAACUUAAUCCCGUGAAGCAGUGGACAACUCGUUGAAGUUUUCUUUCGACGAGUCAGUUAAAGUCAUUAAUGGAAUAUAGAAGACUAUUGCUAGUUUCCUAUUUAUUAAUAGGAGGUAAA